CAUUUGGAGUCAUUUGACUCGCGUUCGUGAUGGGGCUACUGUUGCUGUUUUCACUGUUGCUUAUUUCAUGCACUGUGCUGGCUACUAAUGGCCAAUAUAAUGACGAGCCCAUGUCUGGUGAAGAAUCACACCAACAUGCUUUAGGGGACAAACAAGCGACGGGGAAAGCAGAGUUGCGUGGUCCUUAUUCAAUCGGCGAAAGCAAUGUGAGAAAAAAGAGCGAAUCCGAGUCCACAGAAGUGGGAUUAAAGGCAAGACAUGCUUCUAAGAAGUCACAUCGGCCGGCUGAUGGAAGUAGUACUAUACGUGUUCUUCAAGGACCGCACCAUGUUAAUAAUGGAAAUUAUGGGCUACGUCGAACAAAUGCUAAACGUGUUGAAGGUCGCGUAAGAUCUAAAGGCAGAGAUAGUCACAGACAGGGUGGAAGGACUGCAGCUGGCGAUGGCCAGGGAAGAUCCUUUGGCAAUAGAAAAGCUGGCAGUGCACUUCACGAAGAUAGGGGUGGCAAUCACGAUGUUUUUUCAGGUAACACAAGGCGCAGUCAAAAUGUUCGCACGGAAAGUAUAAGAAAUAAAUGAACUCAACAUCGAGCCGGCGGCGUUACUGAAGAGGAAAAUAAGAAAACCCAACCCAUAAUCUGGCCGCGUGAGAAAUGGAAGGCGAGUUCAAUAAUAGUACGACAUCUAAUUAUUUUGUCAAUACUUUAACCCGUAACAAGCCGUCGUAAACAAUUGAUCAACAUAUUUUUGUUUAAAUAAUUUAUAAGUCCUGUAAAAAUAAAAUGAGCAAUAAAAGGCAUAA